AAUCACUAUUGCAAAUUUCUGGGUGUCCUUUUUUGGGAAAUAACGGGAUCUGUACAUUUUUAUUGUCUUACUGCCAGUAAUUUGACCUCCAUAAGCAGGAUGACAACAUGACUAGCACCUGGUAUGACUAACAUGUUUGCUUAAAUUAUACAAUUAUAAUAGUCCCGCCCCCUUUUUCUGACAUUUACGUCCUCCCAUUACAGUACAGCUCUUAGUCUGGCUCUGACCCAGCACAGUUGCAACACUCUCCAUCAUUUACUGAAGGCAUGCUCAUAGAAAACAAAAAAUAAUCUAGCUCUCUAUCUUUCCUGCACGACUCAGAAAACGAAGACAAGGAGGAAAGGCCGCUGGGGACAUGGAGGAAGUUGUCACCUGUUUUUUGAAAUGUUUACCUCUAGUUUCCUUGAUGAUAUGUUGCUGCAUAAGUUUGACAGGAGCUGCAGAAGACCAAAAGGGACUGGAGAGGAUAGAGGCUUGUAGCACCAAAUGUUCACAGGGUCUUGAUUGUAAGAAGACCAACUUCCUAUUCCCUUCGCUGUGUCAGAGCCCCCCCGAGGAUUUCAAAACAUCACCAGUUUUUCAGAACAUCAGUCUGUCUACAGUGCUGAGGUGUGAGGAGAGACACAAGUGCUCAAUGCAUCUGAGAAUUCAAACCAGGAUGCGAAUAAAAGACUUUAUUCACGGUGUAUCCAUUUGCACCUCGAGCGCAGGACUGAUCCCAAACUGCAAAGUCAUCAGAUUCAGCCAAGACAGGCUGACGGAAACACUGCCAAAACCACUGGUGGACAUAGAAAAUGACUGUACUAUGAUAUCACUGCGUCAAGAAGUCCAAAUAACAGUAGAAACUGUCCCUUCUUACUGUGGCAUCAAAUGGACUCAAGUAUAUACAGCUCCAGGUUGCAGUAAUGAAGAUCUUCAACGCCAUAUUCCUGACUGCAUCACCCACCCUACAUUUGCGGGUGUGUGGAUCUCAGCAGGUAAACUCUUGUACAAAGUGAAUCCAGAGGAGAAGUCCAUCACUGUGAAUGUGUCUGAGAUGCGCCAAGACCACAAUUACAACCUGCGCCUGUGCUAUGCUAAACGCUACAUCUGUAUGAGCACUGAGCCUGUGACUGUGAUAAAGAAGGAGGAUACUAUUAAAAGUGCCACUCUUUCCUAUUCCAGACUGGUGCCUUGUCUUUGCAUUGAGGGUUGGUCCGCUGUCCUUGAUGCACGCAGAGUUCAGGUUUGCCCAUUCAAACAGAAUGUGGAGGAACUGUGGGCUGGGAUAACCUUUGACCCCAUUGAAGCGUCACUGUUAUGGCAACCCUUGUGUCCGGUCACUGCGCAGGUCACACUUUGCCAACAGGAACAUGGUGAAUGCAUCGAUCUCCCAAACACCACGCAUAAUGUCACCAGGCAAAAGGUUAAAUUCACUGGUGUCGAGUCACAUCCGCAGCUGUGCAUGAAGUUUUCUGUAAAUUCUGAAGACUGGAUCCGAUGUCCUUUUGGUGAUAGAUUCACAGCUUGGGAAUUGUCAAGACAACCUGAGGGAGCUGUUUUGCUGACCUCACCUGCUCCUGGGAUCUUCUUAGUGGAGCUGUGUGAAGUGGAGGCUGCAGUGCCACCAAAAACCUGCCAGUCCACAGAAAACUACACCAUCAACGUGGAGAAGCUGAAAUCAGUUGCAGUACCAUUACCAAGUGAGCUUCCUCACAGAACAUUUUGUCUUCAGGUUAGACGCCAGGAUGUACUCUACUCAGCCACCCUGGUUCACUGUUUUGAUCCAAUUUUAGAAACAGGUUCAAAUACGUCUGUGAAUCCCACAUGCAUCAUUGUAAUAGCUGGAGUCCUGCUUGCUCUUGUCAUUCUUACCACUUUGAUGCUGCACAUUUGGUUAACUGUUCACCAGAGAAGGAUCCAGAAGAGGAAAGAUGAUUCAUGUCACUAUGAAAAGCAAAAAGGCUGUGCUCCUGUAUUUAUGGUGUCUUCAUUGCCCAGUAAAUCUGCUCUACUUGGGACAGUCUUUGUCCCCGAUUCACCUCAGAAUAGGAGCAAUGAGAAGACCAACCUCCUGUCUCACUGAUGUGUUACAGGGACCAGGAACUCAAAAACAAUAAUGAGGAAAAGGCAAUAGCAUCUGUUAGUAAUCAUGUUAAGUCGAGCCUGUAUUUACUUUAUGCACAUUGUAUUUGGUGAAGCAUUAACGCACCCACUGUUUGGGUUAAAACUUUCUUGUGAAAAACUAUGUUACAAAUGUGUUAUGUUCUCGAUUUAAUGACACUCUGAAUGUUUUUCCCUUGUCAUUUUAUGUAGCAAUAUUGUUCUCUUGAUGUUGGAGUUUGGUGUUAACUGUUGCAAUUUCUUUUUAUACUGUAUUAACUCAGGUUGCAGCUAUGUACUAAUCAUUGUUGUCUAAUGUUAUAUUACUAUAUUAUGUUAUAUUAUUAUAUGGAGAUGUAUUUUCAAUGAAACAUGUAUCUCUAUUGUCUUGGUUUAUUAUAAAUACAUAGAGAUAUGGUUUGAAAAACAUUAAAAUCAUUCAUAUUCUUGUAAAUAAAUGGUGAAUGAAUAUUG